AUGAUUAAUACAAAAUUAAUUUCUACUAUAUUUAAAAGAAAAUUUUAUAAUGCUAAAUUACCAGCAGGUGAUUUAAGAAUUUUAAAUAUACCACAUGGCAAUUUUGAAAAGUCUAAUUUUACUUCAUAUGAAGUUGCUUUAGGAUUUGUCCAAAAUAAUAUGAAAUUGUAUACACAAGCUGCUGCUUUAUCACCAACACCACUAUGGAAUGCUUUACUUAAAAGAAUUGAUGAUGCAGAUUUAAGUGGCCUUGAAAUCCAACACAUUAUAAGUUUAGGAAAAAUACCAUGGUUAAAUGAUAAAUAUUAUGAUAAAAUAAGAUCAAAUGCUUUAUUUAUAUGUGGUAAUGUUCGUAAACAUAUAGAAAUGGGAAAAGCUGACUAUAUACCAAUAUUUUUAUCACAAAUGUCUCAGAUGUUUAGUCAGAUGAAGAGAAAAUUUGAUGUAUCAUUUGUUGCAUGUUCAUCACCUGAUAAACAUGGUUAUGUUUCUUUAUCAUUAGCUGUCGAUUGUACUUUAGGCGCAUUAAGAAAUUCAAAACAUAUUAUUGGAAUUUGUUCAAAUCAAGUACCAAGAACAUUUGGUGAUUCAACAAUUCAUGCUUCACAAUUUUCUGCAUUAAUUGAAGAUAACACUUUUAAACCAUAUGAAAUGCCGUUAGAAAAUUUAGAUGAUGAUAGUCCUGAAGCUAAAAUUGGUCAAAUUAUUGCAGAAAAUUUAAUUGAUGAUGGUAGUACAUUACAAUUUGGUAUUGGUACAAUUCCAGAUUUUGUUUGUAAAUAUCUAUCUAAUCAUAAAGACUUAGGUAUUCAUACUGAAUUAUUAUCAUCGGGUGCAAGUAAAUUAAUUGAAGAUGGUAUUAUUACAGGAUUUAAAAAAACUAUUGAUACUGGAAAACAUGUAACAUCAUUUAUUUGUGGUGACAAAAAUCUUUAUGAAUUUGUUGAUGAAAAUCCUAAUUUUGUAUUGAAAUGUUCUAGUUAUACUAAUAAUGUUGAAAUUGUAGCUAGGCAACCAAAAAUGACAUGUGUUAAUUCUGGAAUAGAAAUUGAUUUAACAGGCCAAAUAGCUUCUGAAUCAAUUGGUAAAACAUUUUAUUCAGGUUUUGGUGGUCAAGUUGAUUUUAUGACUGGUGCUGGUAUGGCUUAUGAUAAUAAAGGUAAAGCUAUUAUAGCCAUGACUUCUAGAACACCUAAAGGUAAACCAAAAAUUGUACCAACAUUAACAGAUGGUUCUGGUGUUGUAACAACAAGAGCACAUUCUAAAUAUUUUGUAACAGAAUAUGGAAUUGCAAAUUUAUUUGGAAAAAAUGUAAGACAGAGAGCAUAUGAGUUAAUACAAAUAUCUCAUCCAGAUGAUCGUGAGAAUCUUGAAAGAAAAGCAUUUGAAAGAUUUAAAAUUAUGCCUUCUAAGGAUUAA